GUUCGUGGUGCCAACAUGUGCAUGCGGGGUGCGUCGUCGUCGUUGUAUCUUUAACCAACCAACCAGAUUACCGGACCAGCAGCAGCAGCAGCAGCAGUGAAGAAGAAGUGCGCUAGAUAAUGUAUGUAGUGACGUAGAAGGGUUAGUAGAAGCAGCAGCAGCAGCAGCAGUAACAGAGAUUCGUCGCGCGAUCGCGCCCAAGUGUGACUCCGAUCGACCCACCGUUCUACUAUCAAAAUCCCAACCUUGCUGAGGAGGACCUCCCGUCUACGAGCUUCACUAGAGACAGAGAGAGAGCGAGAGAGACACCCCCUAUUCAGACACCCCCAGCGUCGUCGGCAAUCAACCUUCAGCAGCAAGAAAAUCUGUGCCCCGCAGGACCUCCGGUGUGUGUGUGUGUGUGUGUGAGACGAAUGAGUGGUGGUGAGGCGGAGGCGGCGGCGACGGUGGUGACGGUGGCACUGACGGUGGCGGUGGCGGCGGCAGCGAUCGGUGUUCCGGCGUGAUGACCACCGGAGUGGAAGUGGAAAUGAAGCGAACGUUCCGGUUACGUCCCCGGAACUAGCCCUCUAGGAAGCUUCGCACCUCGGACCGUGUGUGUGUGCGUGUGUGCGUGCGUGUGUCCUACACAUAUGCGCGUGUGUGUGUGCGUUUAUGUUCGUUGAGUGCGACACGGUGGCCGUCUAGUAGUAGUGUAGGAUAGGGUUCAGUGUGUUGUUGUUGGUGUUUUGUGUGGUUUUGUGUGUGUGUGUGCGUGGCGUGUAUAGGGCCGACGAGGGGAGAGGGACCCACCACUGAUCCUAGCGUCCUAGGGCCGGCCGUAUAGGGCCUCUACGCACCACCCGCCAGGCGUUGGCGCCAGGCAGUAGAAGAUAGUUACAGUUACACCGCCAGCACCAAGAUCCAUCAUCAAUCCUGGAACUAUUCGUAGCAGCAGCAGCAGCAGCAGCAGCACCAACAGCAGACCGAGCAGACACUCACACGCUCAAGCAAUCUUCAAUCAAAACUGCCGGGUGCCUGGGUUUGGUACACCAUUCUCUAUCCUCCUUUCCGUUCCGGUCCGUUCCGUUCCGUGCCGUGCCGUGCCGUGCUACCCUCCCCUUUCUUCCGGUGGUAGUAGGCUACACCACACCCCCUUCCAAAUGGUGGUGGUUGUACCAAGUGUAUAGUGCGGUUCAAGUGGCUUCUCAAGUGGAAGAUUUGGUGGUGGGCAAAAGACGCAAACCGGAAUCGGAAUCGGAAUCGGGAUUUCCAAUCGAAGCAGAAGAAGAAUACGUGAUAGAAGAAGAAGCAGAAGCAGAAGAAGAAGGGUCUUAGGAAGAGAGAGAGAGAGAGAAAGGAGAGAGUGCUAGUAGUAGCAGCCGAGCGGAAGCGAACGAGCGCCCCGCAGCCCCGCGUAUUCCAAUGGUGUCGUGCAGCGUGGCGGCGCCGACCUACUACAAAGCGGAAGGCAGUAUCAUGCCAUCAUCGACGAAGUUUACAUUGCAAUUUCCUUCCCUGCCGUCCGGAUUGCUCAAGGAUAGUGAGAGCGAUGCGCUAGCCGCCGCCGACUGCUGCGUCCAGUGCCCCCAGUGCCACCAGACCGUACGAGGGCUCGAGGUGCUUAAGGAUCACAUCCGUGCCCAGCACAGCAACGGAGGCAGUGAGGUAACGGAGGUGGAGCUCAACGGCAGCAACGGGCCGCCGCCGCCGCCUUGUGGUCCGGCAACCGGCGACGGUGGUUGCAGCAGUAGCCGCAGCCGCAGCACCAGCAGCAGCAGCAGUAGCAGCGAACCGGAUGACAACGCCAUCGAGGAAGAGGACGACGUGGCCGUCGAAGUGGACGGUGGUGGUGUUGUUGGUGGUGUUGGUGGUGUUGGUGUUGCAGGUGAAGACACCACCGGUCAGCGUCGCCUCGGACCGUUGGAGCUGGAACUGACACGGCCUAGCCGUGCUAGUGGCGAUCUCGUCGGUAGCCGGCUGCAGGCCAAGUGCAUCAGCUUGCUCCAGCGCCAGCAGGAACAGCAACAGCUCCGUCAAUCCAACCAACAGCAACAGCAGCAGCAGCAGCAGCAGCAACAGCGGCAGCUACUAGAACAAGACCACGAUCACCCAGAGAGUGGCGGUGAAGGUAGCGGCGGAACCAUUGCGACACCACCGUCACCACCACCGCUCCACGACACCAGUGGUCUCGGUGACGGCCGAAUGGAUACGCACCACCGGUACGCCCUAUCGCCGGUUCCCGGGCAGCAGCACGGCGUCGGCGUCGGCGGCGCCACAACGGGUUACCCCGAUCCGUCGUCGUACGGGCGCAACUCGCUGGUGGUCAGCCCGGCCCGCAGUGGCAGCAGCAACGCCAGCAGUGCCGCCAGCUUCCCGCUCGAAACCCGCUCGAAGGAAGCCGCCGCCGCCGCCGCCGCUGAUAUGCUGUACCUGUGCGCCCAGUGUCCGGCAACCUUCGUCAGCCGGGAUCAGUACGAUAGGCACGAGCUACAUCAUACCGCCUCCGCCGUCGUGAGCUGCAAGGUGUGCAACAAGCCGUUCGCCAACGUGUACCGCCUGCAGCGCCACAUGAUCUCGCACGACGAAUCGACGCUGCUGCGCAAAUUCAAAUGCAACGACUGUGAUAAGGCGUUCAAGUUUAAGCAUCACCUGAAGGAGCACGUCCGGAUCCACUCGGGCGAAAAACCGUUCGAGUGCAGCAACUGCGGCAAACGGUUCUCCCAUUCCGGCUCCUACUCGAGCCACAUGACAUCGAAGAAGUGCAUUAACAUGGGCAUCAAGCUGCACCAUCACCAUCACCACCAUAACAAUAACAACAGCAACAGCAGCAGCAAUCGGAACCAACCGCAGGAGUUGGCGUAUGGUGUAAACGCAGCUGCGGUUGCUGCUGCUACCAUCAACAACAACAACAACAAUAAAAAUACCAGCAGCAACAGUGGCAACAGUAACAGUAAUCAGAGCAACAGCAGUAGCAGCAGCAGCUGCAACAGCAACAGCAGCAACCACAGCACCAGUAGCGUCAGCAAUGGCAAGAGCCUUACAGCCGCGGGUGGCAAGCAGUCGAAUCGUGGCGCUACGGUGGCGGCAGCCGCCGCAGCAGCUGCCGCCCUGUACGAUUGGAGUGGCAUGGGAAUGCUGGCGGCUGCGGCGGCCCCCGUCGUUGGCAAGGGGGGGCUACCAGCGUCGCCGACCUCAUCGAUCGCAUCGUCCAGCUCGUCGGCGGCCGCCACCACGUCUGCCGCACACCACGGUCUCGAUGCGACUGCGGCGGCGGCUGCAGCAGCAGCAGCUGUAGCGGCCGUAACCGGGGCCACCGGUCCAUUACCGGCCACUAACACCGAUGCGCUCUUCCCGCAACUGCUCAACAAGUACGCCCAGUCACCGUACAGUGCCAUGAACCUGCUGGCUACGUUCGGUUCGGUACACCCGCUCUAUUCGAUGGCGAUGAUGGGCAACCCGGGCUACAACUUCCAGCGUCUGCUAGAGCUGUCGGCGGCUGCCCAGCAGCAGCAGCAGCAGCAGCAGACCGUCGAUGCGAUGGGAUCAAUGGUAUUCGGAGCACAUCAACAUCAGCAGCAACAGCAGCAGCAGCAGCUGUUGCUGCAACAGGAGGAAGAAGAGGAUGCGGCGGAUAUGCAGGAGGAAGAGGAGGAUAUUCCUUCGGAUGCGGGCCUCCGUGUGUCGCGGGACCACGAUGAUCUUAAGGUUCCGCUGACUUCGCCUACACUGGCAAUAAAGAACAAUGGCGAAGUGCAACGGAUGGACAUCGAUGAAGAGGAUCAGCAGCAGCAGCAGCAGCAGCAGCAGCAGCAGCAGCAGCAGGUGAUGAUGGAAGAGCAGGAGGAGGUAGCUGUAGGUGAGACAGUUGAGCAGAGCUCGCCAGUAACGCCGAGCGGUGCUGCUACAGUGGAAGCGAUGGAUACGACAGGUGAUGAGGCUACGGAAAUGGACGAGAAGCCGGCCGUGCUACAGGCUCGACCUACGCCCAGUAGCAGCGUGGACGUCGUCAUCAAACCAGAGCAGUCCGAUGAGGAGCAACCGAUCCAGCAACAGCAGCAGCAGCAGAAGGAGUGCGAGCAGGCCGACAACUUAGGGCGAUCGAUGAGCCCGUGGCCUAGUACGAUCCAGCCGACCAAGCAGGAACCAUCAGAGUAUCCGGACGGCCCGGAGCAGCAGCAUCAGCAGCAAACACACACCGACGACAAUGACAAUGAUGGUUCCGAGGUAUCGUUCGCGUCUCCGGCAGCACACAACAAGCAGCAGCAGCAGACGGUGGUAAAAGAGGAGCCAAUGUGCGAGGAUGCACCUCCGGAUGAAAUGAUCGAACCAUCAAGGGCGGCGGCUGGGUCGCCCUCCCUGAAUUCCGGCUCUUCGGGCCCGUCGUCGGAAGCCGCCACAGCAGCAGCCGCCGCCCAGCCGCCCCUGCACUGUCUCUACUGCAACGAACAGUUCGGGCAACAGGCGGAGCUACUGCAGCAUACGCAGCUGUGCUGUAAGGAGUCGUUAUUGCGCAACCCGUUCGUAGCGGCAGCCGCUGUCGCAGCGAGUGCAGCGGCUGCCAUGCCAUUAACGGCGGCUGGCGGUGUCAACAGCAGCACCCUGCUGCACCACAGCAGUAGCGGCAGUGGCAGUGGCAGUGAGGAUGAUACCACCGACUACGAAUGUGGUACCGGUGGACUGAAGGGGGGAAGACCAGCAGCGGCAGCAGCAGCAGCAGGUCUCGGUCUGUUCGGUGGCGCUGACUUAGCACUGUCGGGGCUCGUCGGUGCAAGUGCCAGCCUCGGCGCUAGUAGCAACAGCAGCAGCAGUACCAGCAGCACGACGAGCAGUAGCAGCAGCAGCAGCAGCACCAGCAGCAGCUGCACCGGCAGCAUCAUCAACGGCACCAGCAGCAGCGGUAAGGUGCGUGUCCGGACGGCCAUCUCGGAGGAGCAGCAGAACGAGCUGAAGCGGUACUAUGCGCGCAACAGCAAACCGAGCCGGGACGAGUUCCAGAGCAUCGCCCAACACGUCAAGAUGGAGGCACGGGUCGUGCAGGUUUGGUUCCAGAACAAUCGAUCCCGGGAGCGCAAGCUCGGGUCGGGUUCCUCGGCGACGAUGACGACGGCGGCCCAGCAGCAGUAUCCCGGGGGGACCGGGGCGACCAGCGGUGCACCGAGCUCACCGCUACACGCCGACCGUGCACCGUCGGUGGUGGCCGGCCACGAGACGACGGCGGCGGACCAGCCGCUCGAUCUGUCCCUGAAGAAGGGGCUCGCCGGUUGCGAAGGGCUGAGCGCGACCGAGGCGGCUAGUGCCUUGCUGAGUGCCGCCAGUGAUCCAGCAGCCGCCGCCCUCGGUUCACUGCCGGCAGCGUUGCUGCAGGCGGCUGGCCAGGCCGAUACGAUGUCCGCACUCAACGAAGCCAUGAACCUGACCUUCAAGGCGUCCUGCUCACCGACCGCGUUCUACUACAAUGACAUCCACCCGAUCCACAACAAUGGGGCACACCACCAAAACCACCACCACCAGCUCGCCAGUAGUAGCAGCCCGUUAGCGCACGGCUAUGGCGAGCAGUGCCGCCGGGACACACCGUCACCGCUGACUCAGCGGCAUCAUCAUCAGCAGCAGCAGCAGCAGCCGCCGCAGCCGCCGCUGCCCAUCGCAUCUCAACAGCCGGCCUCGCUCGCUGCGUACACGCAAGUAGGUGGCGGUGUAGGGCAACCGGGGGCAACCGCCUCGUUUCACGAUCCGUACGUAGCCGCCGCGGCCAUGGGCCAGCUGUUCCGUCAGUUCUCGCCCGAACUAGCCGCCAGCGUGACCAACCUCAACAGCCUUAGUCCGAGUGCGCGGGAGCUGAGCGAUGGUACGGCGGGGGGUGUUGUGGGUGCCACCACUGCCGCCGCCGCCGCCGGAGCUACUCAGAUUAUCGGUCCCAAGUACUACAGUGCCGCCUUCCCCGACAAGCAGCAGCUGAUCCAAUCGAUGCUGAACGUACCGAAGCGGAUGGCCUCGUACGUGUGUCAUCCAACGAUCGGUGGCAAUGGUGGUGGUGGUGGUGGUGGCAGUGCUGGUGCUGGUGCUGCUGCUACCGGUGCUGGUGCCAACGCCACGGCCAACAAGGACUUCCCGGCACCGGAUGCUGAGGGGCAGUACGUGUGCGAUCAGUGUGACAAAACCUUCAGCAAGCACAGCUCGCUCCAGCGGCACAAGUACGAACACUCAGGUCAACGGCCGUACCAGUGUGUCGAGUGUCCGAAGGCGUUCAAGCACAAGCACCACCUGACCGAGCACAAGCGGCUGCACAGCGGCGAGAAGCCGUUCCAGUGCAGCAAGUGUCUGAAGCGCUUCUCGCAUUCGGGCUCCUAUAGCCAGCACAUGAACCAUCGUUACUCCUACUGCAAACCGUACAGGGAGGGCAAAUAA